ACACAUUUAUAUCCUUGAAAAAUGUGCAAUACAGUGAUAGCUUUUGAUAAUGACAUAAUAAUAAGUCAUUUUCAAAUUAUUUUUGGAAACCCUUUUACACCCCUAGCUUAAAGAACUAUUGGGAAUAAUACAAGUGGCAAUUAAAUGAAGGUGUCAAGAUCUAAAUGCGCCUAUAGUGGUGUCAUUCAGACACUCCCUUCAGUAUUUUUGCAUGUUUUUCUUCAUAUAUUAUUUAGCAGAGGUGAAAUGUUCAGGUCUGGUUCUUUUCUUUCCUUGCCAAUGGCCCUUGCUGACAAUUUCUAUCUCCAAGAAAAUUAUAUUUUCAAGUGUUCUUUGGACUUUGUUUGGUGGGACCCGUAUGAAUUCUAAUGUCUGCAUUCUGUGUUGCUUCCAGUCGACCAGAUCUACUUGAUGCUGCACUUUUACGACCUGGAAGGCUUGAUCGUCUCCUUUUCUGUGAUUUCCCAGCACAGCAUGAGAGAGUGGACAUUCUAACUGUUCUUUCUAGAAAGCUUCCUCUGGCCAGUGAUGUUGAUCUGGAUGCCAUAGCUUCUGUAACUGAAGGUUUUAGUGGUGCCGACCUCCAAGCACUCCUGUCAGAUGCACAGCUUGCUGCAGUUCAUGAGCUUCUGGAAAGUGGUGAUGCAUAUAAACCUGGAAAAAUGCCAGUCAUUAGUGAUAAUCUUCUAAAAUCUGUUGCUUCAAGAGCAAGACCUUCUGUUUCAGAAGCUGAAAAGCAGAGACUAUAUGGCAUAUACAGCCAGUUCUUGGAUGCAAGAAAAUCUGUUGCUGCACAGUCAAGGGACACUAAGGGGAAAAGGGCAACCCUAGCAUAAGAGUGGCUUGUACUUUGAACAUUCAAUUAUCAAACAUUGGACAAGGAGAAUGAAUUGCAGGGAGGGUUUGAUUGGUUGGCAUAAAAGUUGGCCUCCACUUCUUGGUCAGAAAGGGUGUGAUGUAGGCAAUCAUCAUGUAUAUCUGAAGACAGUUUCCUUCUUCCUUUUUCUGCCAUGUUUUUUUUUUCCGAAGUUGUCAUCCAAUUUAAUGUAGGCUGUUCUGCCGAUUGAGUGUAGUAAAAAUUAUGCAAAUUUCUUGCUAAUAGUCAAGUUGUAUUUAAGCCAAGGGGUUAGUGCAGUUGGUGAGCAACGAAUUUGGUACGAGCCGUAAACUCGGACGUCCUAAGUUUGACUCCAACUAGGCACACCUUGGGCCACUCACACGGGUGUUUAGUGCUUUUCAUUGCUUUCAGUGGAAGUUGAAUGAUUUUCAUUCAAUCCUAAUAUGACUCGGUCCAUGUGGUUGUGGGGUCAGUAUGAGCCUGUGGGAUUAGUCAGGUUGAAGGCCUGGAUACCCGUAAUUAGCAAGAAAAAAAGGAAAAAAAAAGGCAAGUUGUAUUUCGUAAGUUAGAAAUUUCGUAUUUUUCAGUUGUUUCGUUUUCAUUCAGAGAUUUGUUUGGUUGGACUACAAUUGUACUAGUAUGAAAUAAAUCUUGCAUUUAGUAACUGGUAACAAUGUUUAUGUUAUUUUGGUUAGGGCUAUGGAAAAUCAGUUAAA